AUGAGAUGGCAUCCUAUGGUUGUUAGCAUGUUGACAUGGGACAAAAGAGUUGAUUUAAAGGCUUUGAAUAAUGAAGGUGAGAGAGCGCUUGACAUUGCAUUGAACUGCAGUGGGGAGAAUCCCUCAUUUCGAGAGCGAUUGACAUGGGAAGCCUUGAGAUACGUCAGUGGCCCACGAGCUUCUCCUCGAUGCGUUAGUGGGGAGAACCCGCAAUGUUCAAAGUUUGGGAUGACUCUAAGCACAGACAAAUACAAGGACAGGACCGGGACUCUCUUAUUGGUCGCAACCCUUGUGGCCACUGUAACUUUUGCUGCGGCUUUCACCAUGCCAGGUGGCUACAAGGAGUCUGGAGGUAUGGCAAAAUUCCUAGAAAAGCCCAUGUUCCUCGUAUUUGUAAUUAGCAACUCCAUAGCUAUGUAUAGUGCCCUUACUGCUGUUGUUACUCUCAUUUGGGCCCAUUUAGAUGAUUUGAACCUUUUCAUUGCUGCCUAUCAGUUCAGUGUGCCAUUUUUGGGACUAGCUAUAACAAUGGUCUCCUUAGCAUUCAUGGCAGGUAAUUACCUAGUAUUGAGAGACCACAAUUGGCUUGCCUAUCUAGUUUUGAGCAUUGGCUCAUUUUUCCUCUUCACUCUCUCGAUCAUAUUUUUUCCACUUUGUUUACCAAAUUCCUCACCCCAUCCUAUCAUUCGUUACAUCCUCCGCUACCCAUUUCACCUUCUGAUUAAGUUUACUGGGUGUGACACUGAUGAUAGGGAAGAAGAGUAGUCUCCUCUACAUAUGUUGUCUUGAUACGGACCUUGCAUUGGACAUGCAUGCAGAGAUGGAGAACAUUAAUUUAUGUUAAGUUGGUCGUUAGUUUAGUCUGUUAAAAUUUGCAGAAACUCUUUAAAUAAAAAUGUUCAAAUAUCAUGUCUAAGGAGGUUGGGUUUCCUCGAAAAGCCCAGUAUUGUAUUUAUCUUGAAAUUCUGUUGUUGCUCUUAUAUACAACUAUGGUGUAUUUAGUCUGCCAUUGUCAUACUGUUUGGCACAUUGAUAUGACGUAUGUUUUGGUUACAAAUGUUAAGGACUCACUAUAUUAACAACUCUAUAG